AUGGACCCUACUCUUUCCCUCGCCAUCCGGCGCUCCCGUGCGCUGUGCCCGUACAUGAAGAGCAUGCCAGCGGCUAAGCUCGGUGUUCUUGUGCGCCAGUACACGCACUCGAGUGGCAACGCUGCGCCGAUUCUGCAGCAGGCGGGCCAGUGCCCGUACAUGAGCCAGGCGAUCGCCCAGUCCGACCGUACCGAUACCGCGGACUCGGCGAGCACGACGCUCGGUGCGACGAGCAGCAGCAUGAAUGCGCCGCACCCUCUGACCAAGUCGUGGCUCGACCGUCACCCCGGCGGCGUCUGUCCGGUGGGCCACUCGGUUGCCUCCUUCCAGCAGCGCCGCACGUACGCCUCGCAGAGCAAAGGCGCGCAUGCCUCGCUCACGGCGACGCCGACGACCCACCCCGCUGCGCCGUUCGACUCGAUGCAGUCGGCUGCGCCCCAGAAGCGCACGCCCGGCUCCGGUCUUGGCCGCAUGCCCGUGCCGCCGCCGCAGCAGGGCCCCGGCUUCGACUUUGAGCAGUUCUACCACAAGGAGCUCGAGGCGAAGCACAACGAAAAGACCUACCGGUACUUUAACAACAUCAACCGCCUCGCGAGCAAGGCCCCCAUGGGCCACCUUGCCGACAGCAAGGACCACGAGAUCACGGUGUGGUGUUCGAACGACUACCAAAACAUGUCGCGCCACCCCCGUGUGCUUGCUGCGAUGAAGGAGACGAUCGAUAUGUACGGUGCUGGUGCGGGUGGCACGCGCAACAUUGCAGGCCACAACAAGCACGUCGAGCGCAUCGAGUCGGUGCUCGCUCGUCUGCACCGCAAGGAAGGCGCGCUGGUCUUUGGCUCGUGCUACUCUGCGAACGAUGCCGCGCUGACUGUGCUCGGCUCGAAGCUGCCGAACUGUGUGAUUCUGAGUGACGCGAGCAACCACGCCUCGAUGAUCCAAGGCAUCAAGCACAGUGGCGCGAAGAAGAUGAUCUAUCGUCACAACGACAUGGAGGACCUCGAGGCGAAGCUGCAGUCGAUCCCCGUCGACGUGCCCAAGAUCAUUGCCUUUGAGUCGGUCUACUCCAUGUGCGGUACGGUGGGCCCGAUCGAGAAGACGGUCGAGCUGGCGAAGAAGUACGGUGCGAUUACCUUCCUGGACGAGGUGCACGCCGUCGGCAUGUACGGCCCCCACGGUGCCGGUGUCGCCGAGCACCUGGACUGGAUGCUGAAUGCGACGAUGGCGCCCGGCAAGCUCAAGGGCACGCUCAUGGACCAGAUUGACAUUAUCACGGGUACCCUCGGCAAGGCCUACGGCAAUGUCGGUGGCUACAUUGCCGGCUCCAGCCGCAUGGUCGACCUGAUCCGCUCGUUUGCUCCGCAGUUCAUCUUCAGCACGACGCUCCCCCCCGCGGUGCUGACUGGUGCCUCGACCGCGAUCGAGGUGCUGAUGGAGUCGAACCACACCCGCCAGCUGCAGCAGAUCCGCACGCGCGAGCUGAAGAAUGCGCUGCUGAGUGCCAACAUCCCGCUCCAGAGCAACCCCUCCCACAUUGUCCCGAUCCUCGUCGGCUCCGCCGAAAAAGCUAAGAUGGCCUCUGACCUGCUGCUGAACCAGCACCGCUGCUACGUCCAGCCGAUCAACUACCCCACGGUCGGCAUGGGCCUCGAGCGCCUGCGUGUGACGCCUACGCCCGAGCACACCUCGCAGCAUGUGGCGCACCUCGUCGGCGCGCUGCAGCGGGUGUGGCAGCAGCUGGGCCUGCGCACCGUGAGCGACCUGCUCGCUGCGCCCCAGGACGGCUCGGACCCUCUCGCGGACCUUUUCCGCAAGUCGCAGUUUGAGGAAGACACGACGCCGCUGUGGAGCGACGCCAUGCUGUCGCUUCCCAGCGAGCUGCUUACCGGCAGCUCGUCGGCUGCGCUGCGCUGCCAGUGCAAGGCCUCGCCGGUCGAGCAUCCCUUCUCGAUGCACGGCGUGGCCGCGAGCGCUUAA